AUGCCUCUUUUUAUAAAUUCAUUGCCGGUUGAGGAAGUGCCUGAUUUCAAAUACCUUGGGUCCACUCUAAUACCAAAUGGAGAGGCAAAAGAUAAUAUUACGGCUCAGAUCAUGGCAGCUAGAAAUGCGUUCUUCCGGUUGACGAAACCUUUGUGGAAUCGUCGUGAAAUCACCAUAAAAACGAAAGUAUCUAUAUUACCGUGA